AUGCCAGUUUUAUUUACAUUUAUUAAUAAUCGUAGUAUAAUCCUACAAUCCUUUACAUUAUUGUUAUUUUUAAUAAACAUAUCGCAAGUUCAUGUCAUUAUUUUGAAUAAAAACCAACAACUUUCUCAUGAAUUAAAUCCAAAACUAAAUUUGUUCUCAUUUAUUAGGACUCCAUCGCAAACAUCAAAGUUUCAUAGUUUAAAUGCCCAGGUUCUUUCUGAUAAGAAGAUUUCUGGAACUGAAGAAUUGUUAACUGAAAAUAAUGUGUAUAGAGGCUCAUUGAAAAAUGGAAUAAAAUACUCAUUUUACAAAAAAGAUACACCCACAAUUGAAGCAUAUUUACAAGUAUGCUCAGGAAGCGCAGAUGAAAAGGAUAACCAAAGAGGAAUAGCACAUUUAUGUGAACAUGUAACAUAUAUGGGUAGCAACAAGAGAACAAGACUCUGUAAAUACGGAGUUAAAACUAACGCGUUUACUGAUUACAAUCAGACAGUAUUCUUUAUAAAAACCGAUAGUGAUUUGGGCUGUAACACAAAUAAGGAAACGUUACAUAAGAUUCUGGAUACACUGUUGGAUGUUGUAGAGACUCCAACACAAUUUAAUCAAUAUGAACUGGACAAGGAGAGAAAAGCAGUUUUAUCAGAAUCGAAGAUAAUAACGACAGCAGACUAUUACAAAAAUUGUAACACAGUGAAGGCAAUUCAUAGAGAGAACAUAUUGCCUAAGAGAUUCCCAAUUGGUGACCUUAAUAUGAUGAUGAAGUAUAAAGUUGAAGAUCUCAAGGAAUACCAUUCUCAACACUAUAUACCAGAUAAUAUACAGUUGUUUAUACAAGGAAACCUUGACGAGUUGGAAGUAUCAGAAACGAUAAAUGAUCUGUUUUCAAAAUUGGAAAACCCACCGAAUCUUAAAAAAAUAAGAUUACUUUAUAAAAACACUGAAAAGGCGAGGAGGAAAGGCUUACCACCAGUAACACAUAUAUAUAACCAGAAAGAACCAGUGUUUGAUUUAUGGACUUGUGACAAACUGCCAUGUUUUUCAUUUGAAAUAUUAAGGAAAAUGCCUAUCCCAGCAGUGAGGACAUUCUCAGACUACUACAACUUCAUACUAAACAAGAUAGUUUACAAGAUCCUAAGCAUCAAUUUCAUGAUAUUUAAAAGAGACACACAGCUAUAUAACAACGUGGAAGCUAACGAUUAUGACUGUGUAAACGAAGGGUGUAGAAUAAGAUCACUGGAUAUAAAGUGUGAUACUGAGGGUUGGAAGAAUUCAGUGUUCUACGUCAUCUCUGACAUUGGGAAUUUCCUGGGAGAAACAGUGAGUAACAAGUUUUUGGAUUAUGCAAAAGACUCACUGCUGUAUGAUUUCGAGACGAAAAAUUAUGAAGAAAACAACUCAAUUAACUUUAUAGAAAAUGACAUAUGUGACAGAGCAAACCUAGAUAAGGAUGAAACAAUAAAGUUAAUUAAGAGAAGUUAUGAUGGAAUCGACCCCCAACACGUCUUACAAAGGGUAAAUGAUAUGUUUAGCUGGUAUAAAGGUGAUUUGAAGGGUCUAAAAGUUCUAGCAACAACACCAGUAGGAAACGUUACAUUGGAAGAAGUAAAGGAAGUGUUUAAUCAGGCUACUAAAGCAAAAAUCAAAUUUAAUAGUUUGCAAGUAAAUUUACCUGACCACUUAUUGGACAAGGAACAUGUUGAAGCGAUAAAAUCAAGGUCUAGCACAAAAAUACUACCACAACUAGAUAAAAACUACCACACGGAAUCAUUUGAUUAUGAAAAGUAUCUUUCAAACCUGAGUGAACAGGACAAGAACCUGUUCAAAAAAUAUUACACGGACUUCAAGGAAUAUUUGGAAUUGUUGAGAGAUGUAGAGCUAUGUGUUCCAAAGGCCAGAAGAGAAACUCCAGAGCUCGAGUCUAUUCUAGCCCACAAAUUCGAGUGCAACAUGAGUCAACAAGAAAAUGCACAUCUAAUGUACAAUUUAAUACAGGCGAAUAAAUCAUUGGUAAGAACAAAACCUUGUGAUCUAUAUAAAAGUACCCUUACAAGUGAAAAAACUGAAGAGACUAAUAAUGAUAACAUUGAAGUAUCGAAAAGUGAUUAUAAAAAUACAAUGAAUGAAUCACUUUCUGAUUUAUAUGACAUGUACAUGUUGGAGAAUAAUGUUAGAAUCAAUUGCAGGCGUACGGAAGAUAACUCGGUAUAUCUGUCGGCAAAUAUACCAAUAACGGAGUACAUAAAAAAUAACAUUCCCUCAGAAAUCACAGGAGAUUCUGGCAGGGAAGCCAUAAUUAAAAUGAAUAAGCUGAUGGUAUUACUAAUAACAACAAGUCUGAUGGAAAGCGGAUCGAUGGGAUCAUUGGACAGGAAGCAAGUGGAACUAUUCUGCGAACUCAACUCAAUAAAUGUCAACAUUUCACUGAACUAUGAUUACCUUAAUAUUGCAAUACACGUACCAUUCACAAGUAAAAGUGAAGAAAAAAAUGUAAAACCCCUGGAAUACUCACUGCAAAUUUUAAAUAAUAUACUAGAAAAUUAUAGUAUAACACGAGACGAAGUGGACAGAGCAAAGCAGAAACUCACAUCAGAUCACCAAAAAUACAUCAAAGAUAUUAAGGUAUUACAUAUAAAUUAUGGAAUUGGUGAACUGGUCCAUAAUAUGAGUGGAGGGAUUCUGGGAUUUGACGGACUGGAUAUGGAUAAAUUAGAGCACAUUAAAUAUGAAACAGUUGUGGAGGAGACGAAAAAAUUAUUUAAUAGCACCCCAAAGGAAGUUAAUGUAGUGAGUAAUUUUGAACUGAAGAAGUUGAGGAAAUACGUUACGCAGUAUCUGAGUAGCUCAUUAAUUGUGUCAAGAAAUAAAAUCGACAAUGGAUCCAAAAGUGAAUUGAAUCCACUAGAAUCUGAUAAAUCAUCGAGUUCAUUGAAUUUAAAUAAGAUGGAAUCUGACAUAUAUUACAGAAAGAAUAUGGUUAAGUAUUUUGAUGAUGUUACAGAUAAAGCAAUCGUUCUGGCGGGAGGACACGCCGCAAAUGCCAGCGGAUUUAUACCAGACGGAACACACAUUUCAAAACUAUUGGAAAACGCAUUGAGAGACUCGUCGCAAAAACAACAAGAUAUCGGUAUAAAGUGUUGUGGAUGCAUCCUGCGUUCGCUAAAGCAGCUUCUGACCUGUUUUCAGAGGACAAUGAAGAAUUUGACAUACGAUACGAGGGUAGAAGUAGUGACAAACGACAUUAGUGACAGCUAUUUUGUAAUUUCAGCAUUCAGCAAUAAGAGAAACUAUCCAGUGAUUUUAACAGAGAUAAUUAACUACCUGAAGAAGCUGUCAAACCAGGAGUUUGACUUCAGUAAGACAUACCUGGAUAACUGUAAAAAAAUCAUAAAGGGGAAAAUAAAAGAAAGAGGACCAAUGUACUAUGCAGGAAACAUGUCUGGAAUACAGUUGGAGCAGGCUUUAACAAAGAACAUACUCUCAAUAACUGAAUAUGAGAAGGUGCUCGACCAAAUAACACCAGAAGAUUUCACGCUUUUGAUGACGUCGCAAGGAUAUGGAAUCGACCCACAUAACCUGUACACCAGAGUAUUGUACUCUGGUGAGUAA